AUAUAAUCCUGUUCAUUUUUCAAUAUCAUGGUUUUACAAGAAGAUGAAGAUUAUGUGAAUUUUCAACCUAGUGGAACACAUAUAAAAAAAAUAAUCGAACCAGAAUGCACAGAGGAAGACCAAAAAGAAAAUAAAAAGGCUGGAAGAUGGAAUACCGUUCGUAAACUUGUGACCAGUGCAAGUCAACAUAUUAAUAGUUCACAAAUGUUGAGGUUAUCUAGCAUUUUCUCUAUAUUAGCUCAACGUCAUAAAAAUGUUAUUACAGCUGGUGAUAUACUGCUCGUUAUGAGAGCAUUAGGUGAUGCAUUAACAGAAGCUGAACUACAAGAUUUGAUCUUUGAGUUAGAUGUUGAUCGAGAUGGGAAAUUAGAUUUUUCAGAACUGUGCGCUUUUGUUGUUGAACGAAUAUACAAGAAGAAAUUAGAUCAUGAUUUUGAAGAAUUAUUUCGAAUACUAGAUCAAGAUGGUGAUGGAACACUAUCAAAAGAUGAUUUACGCAGUAUUUUACGCUAUUUUGAACUGGACUUCAGCGAUGAAAUAAUUGAUGAUAUUGUGAAAGAAAUUACUGGGUCUGAAAAUAACCUUAUUACCUAUUCAGUUUGUACUGAAAAUAAUGUUGACAAGUCUUUGUCAUUUACUGCGUCUUAGUUGCAUGUACCUCUGAUAUCUCACAAUUGAGAAAUGCAAUAUGUGCAGAAAUAAUUGGUCUGAAGAUAGAGCUAAUUACAGAACGGUAACAACUACUUUAAAGUUAAGAGUUACUGAAUAUGUGUUUUGUCCAAUCCAGUAGUGUAGCCAUCUACUCAAUGUACGGGCGCAAUCAAGUUUCUCUAUGGCGAUGACGUCACUCAAGUGUUGAGUUAAAAUCUACUUACUUUAUUUAGCAAUUCUACAGUGAAACGCAGUCAUCUGUUUAUGGUGCUGAC